GCGCUCCGCUCAUAACUGCGCAUGUCCGCCGCAUCCCCCCGUCCAGUCCAGUAGCCUGCAGCUGCAGCUCCACCCCAGCCCGAAUGCCUCCCCAAUCACCAUGGCGCCGCGCGUCGUCCGGGCCCUGCUGACCGCCACCGCCCUCCUCGCCCCGCUGCUCCUCUCCUCCCAGCUGCUUCCUCCCCUGCCCAGCGCCGCGGCCGCUGCGGGCUCCCCGUCCCCGUCCCCGGCUCCCGCGCCGGCGCCGCACCACCGUCCCACGCCGAGGAGGCCGCCGCGUCACGUCCCGUCGUCGCCCGGGAACAACGACGAAACCCAGCCGCCGGGGCAUCAGCGAGGCGGGGGCGCGCGCCGUCCUCGUCCUCUGGCUCCGCCGACGUCGAGGCCGUCGCCGUGGUGGCGCCGGCUCAACUUCGGCGAGCGGUUCGGGGUCGCGCUCGCAGGCGUGGCCGUCGCAAUGCAGGCGGCGCUCGUCGCGCUCCUGCUGGUCCUGCGCGCGCGGCAGCGGCGCCCAGCGGCGGCCGCGCGGGGGAAGGCCGAGGCCGAGGCCGAGGAGGAGGCGGCGGCGGCGGCUCCGGCGGCGGCUGCUGCUGCUGCGUCGCGGCCCGCGCCAGCGUGACCGACAGCUCGGUUGUUGGGUGAGCUGACGGGGCAACAUCAUCGAUCACUUGUGCUUGCUCCUGGCACUGUACAGCGUCCCGCCUGCUGCUAAUUCUGCAUACAAAAAUAGCUUUUAUUCCCUUUUUUUUUUUCUUUCCAACCCUACUACGUGCUGAGGUGUACGAAAAGGUUAAUGCAGUGAAUUGAUUUCUUUUUUUUUUUCAAGCCUCGCUGCUCGCUCCACCUUGCAGUAGCUUUUAAUAACGGAACCGUUCACUUUCA